AUGUCGCUACCUCCAGCACCCCCCGCGGACGGGAACUCCUCGCGGCCCAGACCUUCUAGACGAGGCAGAGGCCGGGGCGGUCGUGGUUCGUCCAAUCGACACACAACCCCAGCACAGGCACCGACUUCGGCACCAACACCCUCAUCCACCGACGCGCAACCGCAGGCUCAACAACCCGCCGACGCUACGACAUCACACACGUCUGGACAUACACCACGUCCCCCACGAGGACCCAGAGGAGGCAAAAGAGGCGGAAGAGGAGCAGGCGCACAAAACUCGAAUGUGAGCCGACGGCAGGGCCGAGCACGCGGUGGCGGCGACCAGGCAACCCUUCCCACAGGCCGGCGAUUCGAAGGCCGGUUAACGAAAGCAGAGCACACCGUGGAGGAUGGCCAGGAGAUACAGGGGAGCGCAGGUGCAGGGGCGGAGGAUGCUACGGACGCCGGGUUGCGGGCGGAUGCGCCAACGUUCGUGCCAGGAGGAGCUGCGCAGCCCGCGGAAGAAGUUCCCAAGGGUGCGUCUGCUGCUGGUGGUGCUGGGAAAGGCAAAUCCAGAGCGAAGAAUCCUCAGCCUCGACCGCCGCCGCCGCCGAAAGUCACCACGAAAUCAGUCGCCCCCGAUAUUGCCACCCGGAUCCACGAAGAUAUCGCGCACAACCUCUACGAAUGUCCGAUCUGCACGGCGGAGCUGGGGAAGAUGUCGCGGGUCUGGUCGUGCGGUCUCUGCUGGACCGUCUUCCAUCUGAGCUGCGUGAAGAAGUGGUCGAGGAAUGAGGGCGCGGCUGCUCAGGAUGCGGCGCGCCGACAGGGUGAUGGCGAGAGCAGUGCGCCUCGUGCGUGGCGCUGUCCUGGCUGCAAUUUGCCCCAGGAGGUGUUUCCCUCGUCUUACUCGUGCUGGUGCGAGAAGGAGGUAGAUCCACGCCCGCUUCCUGGUCUUCCUCCACAUUCGUGCGGGCAGACGUGCUCGCGUGCGCGUAAAGGAUGCCCGCAUCCGUGUGAUGCGACUUGUCAUGCCGGGCCAUGUACGCCUUGUACUGCUAUGGGCCCGACGCAGGAUUGCUUUUGCGGCCGCAACUCGUCUACAAAGCGUUGCCAGGAUACCGACUACGACAAUGGGUGGAGUUGUGGGGAGAUCUGUGGUGACCUGCUGCCCUGUGGGGAGCAUACUUGCUCUCGCCCGUGCCAUGAGGGUCUCUGUGGCUCCUGCGAGGUCAAGAUUGAGGCGCGUUGCUACUGCGGAAAAGUACAGUCCGAGAUGCUGUGUAGCUCCAAGGACGAGGAGUUGGACAGCGAGAUGCUGCAUGAGGGUCAAACCGAAGGGGAGGGAGAGAUCGAGGAAUGGGUAGGGUGUUUUAACUGUGGAGAUCAGUGCAACCGCCCCUUCGACUGCGGAGUCCACUUCUGCGAGAAGAGCUGCCACGCGCAAGAUGCCCACCCUGCUCACUGUCCAAGAUCUCCCGACGUGGUGCCAAAUUGCCCUUGCGGCAAGACACCGCUGGCUAGCAUUCCUGGAUCCUCACCUCGGACAUCUUGCGAGGAUCCGAUCGCCCACUGUUCAGAAGCCUGUGGCAAGUUGCUGCCAUGUGGACACCAAUGCGAGAAGAUCUGCCAUAUUGGAUCCUGCGGCCCCUGUAUGCAGAAAGUUCCCAUACAAUGCCGUUGCGGACGCAACACCUUCCAGACCAUUUGCCCUCAGGGCGGAAUGGAGCCACCGCAGUGUUUCCGCAUCUGCAAAGCUGGUUUACACUGUGGCCGCCAUGCGUGCACCGAGCGGUGCUGCGCUGGCGAGCAGAAGGCGAUUGAGCGUCAGGCCAUGCGCCGAAAGCUCAAAUCGCAUCUCCGGCCCAGCGACGAGGAUGUCGAGGCCGAACACAUCUGCACCCGGAUCUGUGGCCGUAUGCUGAAAUGCGGACGGCACACAUGCCCGGAGAUUUGUCACAAGGGGCCCUGCAACACCUGCAGGGAGGCGAUUUUCGAGGAGAUCUCGUGUAACUGCGGUCGAUCUAUCUUGCAUCCGCCUUUGCCCUGCGGGACACAGCCCCCAGCGUGCUCGUCUCCGUGCGAGCGUCCCAAACCCUGUGGCCAUCCUCAGACGCCCCAUAAUUGCCACACGGACGACGAAAGCUGCCCCAAGUGCCCAUACCUGACGGAGAAGCCAUGCCUGUGCGGAAAGCGGGUGUUGAAGAACCAACCCUGCUGGCUGGCAGACGCGCGGUGCGGCCAGGUUUGCGGCGAGCUGCUCAAAUGCGGCUCCCAUACGUGCCAGAAGCAUUGCCAUCGACCCGGUGACUGCGAGGAUGCGUUGAGGCCUUGCCAGCAGGGAUGUGGAAAGACCAAGACAAUGUGCGGCCACCCCUGUGCCGAUCCCUGUCAUGCUCCGUACCCAUGUUCCGAGAAGACGCCCUGCACGUUCAUGAUCACGGUAACAUGUGGCUGUGGACGACUCCGCCAGGAGCGCCGCUGCAACGCAGCCAAGGCCGUCGUCUCCAAGGGCCAGCUCCAGCAGGCGCAACGAGGCCCAGCCAUUACUCCACUGACCUGCGAUGACGAAUGUGGCCGCCUUGAGCGAAACCGGUCUCUGGCCUCAGCCCUCGGCGUCGACAUCAACCCAUCAACCACCGUCUCCCAAACCCUCACCUCCACCAACCUGCCCUACUCCGCCGAAACCCUAGACAUCUACAUCCAACUCUCCUCCUCCUACCCACUGUCCACCCUCCAAACCCUCGAAUCCACCCUGCACGCCCUCGCCACAAGCACAACCCAGCGCUCGACCCGCUUCCAGCCCGCCAAAUCCCCGCUCCGCGCCUUCGCCCACUCCCUCGCCGCCGACUGGGGCUUCGCCAGCGAAAGCUUCGACCCCGAACCCCACCGCCACGUCUUCAUCCUCAAGCCCACCAUCUGGACCCCGCCCCUCUUCGGCACCGGUAACGGCACGGCCAUCGGCAUCGGCGGCAUGAGCGUCGCCGACUGCGUCAAGCUCCGCGAGCGCCAGCGCGCCAAGGAACAAGAAGCCCAGCGCCUCGCCGCCGCGGAGAUCAAGGCCCAACGGGAGGCCGCGCGCGCACACCUCAACGGGGCAAGCGAUGGCGGCUGGGCGCAGGUGGCUGCCUCCCGGAAGAGCAAUUCCGGCCUUAGUAGUGCGCGCAGCACCACCCCGCUCACUGCGUCGGCUGCUGCUUCCCCGUGGUCCUCGACUAUGUUCUCGGCCCUGGCGGGCGAUGAUACAGACGGCCACCCGAAGAAGGAGAAGCUCGUUCUUCGAUCGGGGGUC